CAUUCACUCCUUUCCUUCCUUCUCUUCUCUUUUCCUCCUCCUAGCAAAACCCAGAAAGCCACCAACCAACAUUUCCCUUUCAAACAAUGAAGUCCGCUACAGCCGCAACACUUCUGCUGCUCUGCCUUCUCCUCGCCUCCUCUGUUUUCGAUGUCACAGACGCCGCCGGCUCAGGGAUUUGUGACUCCAAGUGCGGGGCGAGGUGCGCGAAAGCAGGGGUGAUGGACAGGUGCCUCAAAUACUGCGGGAUCUGCUGCGACAAGUGCCAGUGCGUGCCUUCUGGGACUUACGGCAACAAGCACGAGUGCCCUUGUUACAGGGAUUUGAAGAACUCCAAGGGCAAGCCCAAGUGCCCUUAAAUUUUUUUUGUCAUGUGUGAUUAGUUACUCUGUUUUAUGUAAAAAGUAAAAAACUGGUUAUGGCUCAAUAUGAGUAUGUUUUGGGGGACUUUGGGUGUUUGUUUGUUUGUUGAUAUUUUUGGGUUCACUCUUCUUCUUGUGUGUGUUUUGGGUGAUUUGUGUGUUGCUUACUACAUAAGCAUACUUUCCCUGUUUUAUGAAUAUAAGUAAUUAGCUAUAUGGUAAUUUGGGUAUAGAUUAGAUCGAGACAUAAGAUGAAACAUAACGGUGAUGAUGAGAAAGGUGUUUCUCAUGAAGUUCGAAUUCAAACGGAAGUAUAAGAAACGCUCGUUUAGCAGGCAGUUUUGAUAAAGGAAAUUGAGAUUA